AGUCGGAUAAUCCCGAAGAAGAAGAAAAAGAUCCUCUCGCUUUUUGCUCUCCUCAAUUUGCCAUCUCGCCUUCUUGACAGAGUUUCUUCAGGCGAAGGAAUUUGGCACAGAAGGAAAAGGAAAAAUCCUCUCAUGGCUACACUGAACAUGGCUGCAGGUUUCGUGCUGAGCCCAAGCAUUGGCUCCAACACAAGCUCUUCCACCACCACCAGGAGCAUUGCCUAUUUCCCCAGGGAUGGCAACGGACGGUCCGCGAGGAGGCUCGUGGUGCGGGCCGCAGAGGGGGAGGCUGCGCCGCCCCCGACCGCCACCGCGGAGGCUCCGGCCAAGCCCGAUAAGCCCCCUCCGAUUGGGCCCAAGAGGGGCACUAAGGUGAAGAUCUUGAGGAGAGAGUCUUACUGGUUCAAGGAUGUCGGAUCCGUGGUCGCAGUUGAUCAGGACCCGAAGACGAGGUACCCAGUGGUGGUCAGAUUCCAGAAGGUCAACUACGCGAACGUAUCGACCAACAACUUCGGGCUGGAUGAGGUUGAAGAAGUCUAAAUGAGUGCUUUGUAAAACCCAGGAUUUGUAUGAUACUUUGUCUUUGUAAUAUCCUCUCCGCUCGAUCUUCUUCGUUUCCCGGUUAAUGUUAAAUUCAUCGACGAGUACCUUAUUA